UUACUGUUUGUCCCGUAGGGACCCGAAGAGGACCAGGAGUCUGAGUCAGAACUGACGGUGACACAGCUGAAGGCUUUGCGUAAGCAGCAGCAAGCAAAAUUAGAAAAGACAAUGCUGGGAGAGGACUCUGAUGAGGAAGAUGAAAAAGAGGAGAGAAGCAGCGAGAGGAGUCAGAACACUGAUAUGAGCUGCUCCUGGGGAAUGGGGGAGGAUGCUGAGGAGGAUGAGGUUGAAGAAAACCCUAUUGCUAUUGAUUUUCAGGAUGUACAAGAUGCCUUGUAUGUGAAAGAUCCUAGGAAGGCCUUACAGGGCUUUUUUGACAGAGAAGGAGAAGAGUUGGUAUAUGAAUACGAUGAUCGUGGGCACAAUAGCUGGCUAUGCAGAAUCAAGCUGCCUGUGGAUGACGCAUCAGGGAAGCAGCUGGUGGCAGAGGUGCUCCAUUCAGGAAAGAAGAAGGAAGCGAUGAUACAGUGCGCCCUGGAAGCUUGCAGGCUGCUCGAUGCUCGGGGAGUCCUGAGGCAAGAAGCAGUAUCCCGAAAAAGGAAAUCAAAGAACUGGGAGGACGAGGAUUUUUAUGACAGUGAUGAUGACACCUUCCUUGAUCGAACUGGUGCUGUAGAAAAGAAGCGACUGAACAGAAUGAAAAAAGCUGGUAAAAUAGAAGAAAAACCAGAGACUUAUGACUCUCUGGUCAGAAAGCUAAAAGAAGCUGAAAAUGAGCUUUCUGAGAUAACAGAGAAGCUGAAGGCUUCAGGGAAAGUCCAGUCCCAGCCAGCAGCUCAAGAUUCCCUGGAUGAAUUCAUGACUGAAAUAAAAUCAGGAUGCACCUUAGACGGCGUGGCACGAAAGAAGCUUCACUUGCGGUCGUUUGAACUGAAGAAGGAGCAGCAGAGACUGAAAGGGUUAAUAAAGCUUGUCAAGCCUGCAGAACUGCCUGAGCUGAAGCCCCAUGGGAGUAACAGUCUAGAAGCAGAGAGCAAGCCUAAAAAGAUGACCCUGCCUCUCUUUGGAGCAAUGAAAGGGGGGAGCAAAUUCAAGCUGAAAACUGGCAGCCUAGGGAAGUUGCCUGUCAAGCGUCCAGACAUCCCUGAAAGCUUGUUAAAAAUGAAAGAUGAUGGACCAGAGGAGGAGGAAGAAGAGGAAGAAAUGGAGGAGGAGCAAGAAGCAGAUGGAACAAACAGCAAAGCAUCAAGCCCGGAAAUGAAAAUGGCAACAGAGGAAGAAACAGGAAAAGAAACAGAUGCUGCCGAUGGUUCUCCUUGCAAUAAGAAGAAUCUAGAAUCCUUUCAGGAUGCAUUUGAGGCAGUACAUAAGGAACCCGAAGAAACAUCUGAGAAAGUGAAGAUCAAUAGCUCAAACAAGCAGUAUCCAGAUGAUGACCCAGACUAUUGCAUAUGGAUCCCUCCUGCAGGUCAAAGCGGUGAUGGCAAGACUCAUCUCAAUGAAAAAUAUGGCUACUAA